UCAGCUGUCGCAAAAACAAACAAACAAGAAACGUGGAUACUACUUUCUAAUCAUUAAUUAAUAUUUUUAUUGCUUAUAUUAUUAUUUCAACGUAUGUCAAUUAGUGGGUAGGUGACCAGUGUCCGGUCAUCAUGUUCGUGCUGGUGGAAAUGGUCGACACGGUGCGGAUUCCGCCGUGGGAUUUUCACCGGCAACUCAACGAGGCUGUAGCGGAGGAACUGAACAAGAAGCUGGCCAACAAGGUGGUCUAUAACGUGGGACUCUGCAUCUGCUUGUACGACAUCACAAAACUCGAGGACUCCUAUAUAUUCCCAGGAGAUGGAGCCUCUCACACCAAAGUUCAUUUCAGGUAUGUUGUUUUUCACCCCUUCCUUGAUGAGAUCCUCAUCGGCAAGAUCAAGUACUGCAGUCAGGAGGGAGUUUACGUGACCAUGGGCUUCUUUGAUGACAUUCUCAUUCCACCAGAGUCACUUCAGCAGCCUGCAAAAUUUGAUGAAGCCGAGCAAGUUUGGCUUUGGGAGUAUGAGACCGAUGAGGGUGCCCAUGACCUCUACAUGGACCAAGGAGAGGAGAUCCGUUUCAGGGUGACAGAUGAAGUCUUUGUGGACACGUCACCAACAGGCCCGGCCACCGCCGCCUCUGAUACGGCGGCACAACCGGGACAGUCAACGGCACCACCAAAAGAAGACGGCGGGGAGAAGAAAGAGGCACCAUAUACGCUGAUUGGCACCAUCUGUGAGCCAGGGCUCGGGCUGCUGUCAUGGUGGAACAGCUAGCACUGAGUCUUUAGCGCUAGCUGUUCGAACAUCAUAGCUGAUCUGAGGCACGAGGGACCCUCGGCAAAGGUCGCUGAACCCCACUGUUUUGGUGCCUGUUUCCACCCAUGUGGUGUCUGUGUGAUGGAGAACCAGUUCUUCCUUGGUGCCUUUUGAGCAGCAGUCCUUUUCUGUGUUACAUGCAGAACGUGGGGUAAUUUAAAAGGGACGAUCCUCCUGAACCGAGACAGUUUGUAUGGAAGUACUGACUUUAUGCAAGAAUAUUAUUUACCAUUUAAUGUAAUUAAGUUAACAUCUUUCAGGCAGGUGGGAGAAAUAAGUGUGACCCUUCUGUAUAUAUAAACUGCAUCCAGCGGCAAAAUCAAAAAGAAUAUGUCACCAGCAUUGCAUGUUGUAAAAGAUGUUAUUUUUAUUUGACAUACCUCCACCUCCAGGAUCUGCUGCACACAUCCUCAGUGUGUGCUAACCCCCCACCCCUUCCUGUUUUUUUCUACAAUAAAAGUCAAAA